AUUUCAAUUUCAAUAAAGUCAUCAUUGACAUCAAGUAUUGUGUGUAUCGACUAUUUAAACUGUUUUUCUGUGAAUUUUGUUCAAUUUGAACUGUGCUAAUAAAAUUUUUCUAUCUUUGAAAUGAAAUUAUCCAAUUCAAUAAGUAACGGUAUUGCUAGAAUGGAAUCCAAAUUGAUGGGUGUAUCAACAGUAACAACAAGUGGAAAUGAAAUGGAAACAGGUAGUAUGAGUGGUACCGAAUUGAUUGGCGGUAUAUCGCGACAAUAUGAACCAACAGCAAUGAUAAUUGCACGAUUAAUUGCACGAACAAUGUUAUUUAUGACUGUUAUAAUUGGAUCAUUUAUAUUGGUUUCGGUUUAUAUUCAAUCCAAAUCAUCAUUGCGAUGUCAAGAAUUUACAACAGCAGAAUCAAAUAAUGUUGGUGGUCCAUAUUUUGAACCAAUGAUGGCUACAUCUGAAUCGGAUGAUGAAUAUGCCGCUGGUGGACGACGUCAAUUUCCACUUAGUUUAAGAAUGAGUGCACGUGCAGGUGAAAUGAUGAAUGCAAUGGGCGACGAUGAAAAAGGUCAUGUAAAUUGUGUGAUUGAACGUAAAACAGCUAAUCAGAUAAUUGCAUCAGAACCGAAAAAGUUAAUGACACCAUUUGGUAAUAUUACAACCGAUCCUCGUUUAGUACAUUUAACUGGUGAAAAAUUAAUAUUUUCAUGUCAUAAUGGUGAUGAUGAUCAAAAAUUAUCCAAAGAAGGAAAUCCAAUUUUAAGACCAUCAAUGUCUGAUGAUAAUGAUGACCAUCAAUCCGAACCACAACCAAAACCAUUACGUCAAUUGAUUAUUAUUAGUGGUCGUCCAAUGAAUAAAAUCAAUGAUAAUGAUAAUAAUGAUAAAGAUGAUGGUAAAGAUUUAGUAAAAUCAAUAAAAAAUAAUGGACCACCAUCACCAAUCAAUAGUCUUAAUCGAAAUAAACGUCAAGCUGAAUUGCCGAAAAAAGAAUGCGCUUGUAAAUGUGCCUGUUAAAAGUUGAAUCAAACAAACAAAAAAAACCGUAUGAUGAUGUAACCGUUAA